AUCAGCGAAGAAAUUUCACACGACUAGAUUCGAGCUUGAACUCCAUUCAACUCCAUCAGGAACUGGAUGUUGCAAAUCGCCAUUUCCGGUCAUACUCGGAUGCAACUUCCAGCCACAUAUCUACCGAUGCUCCACUGGUAGGGGUAUCUAGAGCCCAGGGUGAAUGCUUGAGUGAGUUUAUAAGGUGUACUUUCAUAUUAUCAUCAAUGCAUCUUACCUUUCAUUUUUAUCUACGAUAUGGACGACAUAAAUAGCCAGAACGAUCUGGUUAAUUCAGCAAAACACACUUGGAUUUAGUGUAGUGCAGAUCUAAGGUGCAGCAGAGUAGCUUCCAAUCAUACAGAUGGCUCUACAUUUAACGAUCACAACUUUUGGUCUUCUGAUCCUUCUUGGAUUUUGUAGCGCAGAUGGAGGUGGUGGACACAAGAAGGUCAUCAUCCACGUCCCAUACAAGGUGAAACACAUCCACCAUACCCACACCAUAAUCAAACAUAUCAAAGAACAGAAGAAAGUAAUCGGACAUUCACCUCCCAUCGACGAACACCCUAUUUACCACCACGAUCACCACGAACACUUGGAACCAAUCAAGGGAGAGUUCAUCGGCAAAGGUCACGAAUCUUACAGUGGAGGAUCCCACAGCAUCGACAGCUUUGGAGGGUAUGGUGGGGGAGAUCACAGCUACAGCAUCGGAGGAGGAGACCACGGUGGAUACCAGAGCUUGGACAGCUACGGAGGAGGUCAUGAUAGCCACAGUUCGCACGUAAGCUAUGGAGGUGGCUCAGAUAGCUACGGAGGACACCAUAGUUUCGAAGGCUACGGGGGCGGUUCCGGUUCAUACGGAGGAGGCCAUGAAGGAUUGUCUGACCACCAGAGUUUGGAAGGCUACAGCGGGGGUGACAGUUACGGGCCACCAGCCAGUGGUAGUAGCUACGACAGACAUCCGAGCGGUGGAUUGAGCAGCUACGAGAGUUACGGUGGUGGUGGUGGGGAUGAAGGUCACCCAGGCUACGAUUGAAUGAAUGCCCUUCCUGAACUUGUAAAUAAUUUCGCUGUACCUUCACGAAUCUCACUAGUCCUAUUUUAUUUUAUGCUUAGGGUUAAGUAUCUAUUUGUUGACUCUUGAUAUUUUAUAAAUAAAAGUUGU